AUGGCCUCAAGUCAAGUCCAAAUCGUACAAACACGAGCCUUUGAAGACCAAAAACCUGGUACAUCAGGCUUGAGAAAGCCUGUUGAUACAUUCCAACAAAAAGGCUAUGCUGAAAAUUUUAUCCAAGCUAUUCAUACGGCAGUUCCAGAAUUGAGUGAUGGCAUGGCCGUGGUGGGUGGAGAUGGCCGCUACUAUAUGACGGAUGUUGUGCAAAAAAUUAUAGGCAUUUCUGCAGCAAAUGGGGUUAAGAAACUAAUUGUGGGCAAAGAUGGAAUCUUCUCCACACCAGCAAUUUCUGCAGUUGUUCGCAAGACUAAAGCAAAUGGUGCCUUCAUCUUAACGGCCAGUCAUAAUCCUGGCGGACCUAAAGGAGACUUUGGCAUCAAAUUUAACUCCUCUAAUGGAGGUCCGGCCGUAGAGGCAGUAACGGGACAGAUCUACCAAAUUUCCAAGCAUAUAACCGAAUAUAAAAUUUGCCCAGAUAUAAAGGUUGAUAUUUCUAAAGUUGGCUGUCAUACCUUCGAUGUUGAUGGUAGACAAUUCGAGGUCGAAGUUAUUGAUCCUGUUUCGGAUUAUGUUGACCUAAUGAAAGAAUUAUUCGAUUUUGAAAGUAUUCGUAACCUACUGGCAGGAUCGAAAACGAGAUCACCAUUGAAAAUCAUUAUCAAUUGUUUAAAUGGAGUUACUGGACCUUACGCUAAAAGGAUUUUAUGCGAUGAGCUUGGUGCGCCUGAAUCUUCAGUCGUUAACUGCAUCCCAUUAGAAGACUUUGGAGGUAAAUUGCAUCCUGAUCCUAAUCUAACGUACGCAUCUGAUUUAGUUGAUGUCAUGAACAGCGGCGUACAUGAUUUUGGAGCCGCUUUCGACGGUGAUGGGGAUAGAAAUAUGAUUUUAGGCAAGAAUGGAUUUUUUGUAACACCAAGCGACUCUGUUUCUGUUAUCGGAGAUAACUAUAAAGCUAUUCCGUACUUUGUGAAAUCAGGCAUUAAGGGCUUCGCCCGCAGUAUGCCUACUGGAAGAGCCCUCGAUCGUGUCGCUAAAGCUUUAAACGUUGAAAUGUUUGAAGUCCCGACCGGGUGGAAAUUUUUCGGGAACUUAAUGGAUGCAGGCCGGUUAUCUUUAUGCGGGGAAGAAAGUUUCGGCACAGGCUCAGAUCAUAUUCGCGAAAAAGACGGCAUCUGGGCUUGCUUAGCUUGGCUUGCUAUCUUAGCUUAUCGUAAGGCAUCUGUUGAGGACGUUAUUCGUGAUCACUGGAAACGCUAUGGACGUACAUUCUUUCAAAGGUACGACUACGAACAGGUUCCAGCAGAAGGAGCUAAGGAAAUGAUGUCCGUAUUAGAGAGCUCAUUGUCUUUAGCUACUAAGAGCAAGGAAAUUUCAGCAGCUUCCGCAUCAUUUGUGUUAGAAUACACUGAUAAUUUUAGCUAUACUGAUCCUAUAGAUGGCAGUGUUGCCAAAAAUCAGGGUAUUCGACUUCAGUUUACCAAUGGAAGUAGGAUUAUCUUUCGACUAAGUGGAACUGGCAGCGUUGGAGCUACAGUACGCAUUUACUUUGAGUGUUAUGAAGACCAGCCUGAGAGAUUCGAUGAUGACAUAACAUCGAUAAUGAAACCGCUAGUUGAUCUCGCCUUGAAAGUGUCAGAUUUACAGAAAUAUACCGGAAGGAAUGAGCCAACAGUCAUUACAUAA